AUGUGUGGAAUUUUUGCCUAUGUAAACUUUUUGACGCCGAGAAGUCGCACCGAAGUAAUUAAUAUAUUACUAAGAGGCUUGCAAAGAAUGGAAUACCGUGGCUAUGAUUCUGCGGGCCUCGCUAUAGAUAGUGAAGCGGACAGUGUGAAAAUUGGUUCGAAAAUAAUGCUUCUCAAAAAAGUUGGUAAAGUCAAUGUGCUUGAAAACUAUAUUAAAGAGCGCCAGUUUUGCAAUGAUGAUGUGGUUUACAAAACUCAUUGUGGUAUCGCGCACACAAGAUGGGCAACGCAUGGUUCACCCAAAGAUGUUAACUCGCAUCCUCAAAGAUCAAAUAUGAAAAAUGAAUUCUUGGUUGUGCACAACGGUAUCAUAACAAACUAUCGUGAACUCAAAGAAUAUUUGAUAAAAAAAGGCUAUGAAUUCGAAUCAGAAACUGAUACUGAAGUAAUUGUAAAAUUGAUUCAACAUAUCGCAAACAAAUGUGAAGGUGCAAGAUUUCAUCAACUGGUUGAGGCUACUAUUCAACAUCUGACGAACAAAUUUUCUGCAUUGCAGGAGGGUGCAUUUGCGCUUGCUUUUAAAAGCAACCGUUUUCCUGGGCAGCUAGUCGCAACAAGACGUGGCAGCCCUCUUCUGAUUGGAAUCAAAACUAUAGGAAGGCUUUCUACAAAUCAUUUUCCUGUUUUUUUUAGUAAAGCUCGACGCUUUAUAUCGUCUGAAUAUGCUAAUGAAUCGUUUAUGGAACCUGUAAUAGGUAGUGAAAUUGGAUUCAAAACAAGCACACCUAUCAAAGGAGGGGAUGUAUCCGAUGAAGCAGAAUUCCAGAUUUUUGACUACAAAGAAGCGGAAUAUUUUGUAGCAUCUGAUGCAAGUGCAAUUAUUGAGCAUACAAAACAGGUCAUCUUUCUUGAAGAUGAUGAUGUUGCUGUGAUCGAGAAUGGUUCACUAUCAAUACAUCGCAUUAAGCGUGGCGAUGAAAUUCCUCAAACACGAGAAGUUCAAAAUUUGACAUUAGAACUGCAGCAAAUUAUGAUGGGUAAUUUUAAAACGUUCAUGCAGAAGGAAAUAUAUGAACAGCCAGAUUCAAUCGUGAACACAAUGAGAGGUCGCAUACUUGAUGACGGUACUGUUGUUCUUGGCGGCAUUAAGGACUACCUACUAGACAUCAAGCGAUGUAGACGACUGAUCUUAGUAGCUUGUGGUACUUCAUAUCACUCAGCUCUUGCGUGUCGACAAAUUAUGGAAGAACUAACGGAAUUACCAGUGAUACUGGAGCGAGCGAGUGAUUUCUUGGAUCGCGAAACACCUAUUUUUCGUGAUGAUGUUUGUUUCUUCAUAUCACAGAGUGGAGAAACAGCAGAUACGUUAAAUGCUUUAAGGCUACAAUUGUGUUUUGAAAUAAAUUAUAAAUUCUACAGGUAUUGUAAGCCACGAGGAGCUUUAACAAUAGGUAUCACAAACACUGUUGGUAGUAGCAUUUGUCGUGAAACACACUGUGGAGUUCACAUUAAUGCUGGCCCUGAAAUUGGUGUUGCAUCAACUAAAGCAUACACUUCUCAAAUUUUAUCGCUAGUGAUGUUUGCUUUGACUGUAAGUGAUGAUCGCAUUUCGAUGUGCAAACGUCGUGAAGAUAUUAUCAGUGGCCUGCGACAAUUACCAGAUUUAAUUCGCGAAGUUUUGAAACUUGAUGGUGAGGUGCUUGAAAUAGCCAAGAAAAUCUACCAGGAACGAUCGCUGCUAAUAAUGGGCCGAGGAUAUAAUUUUGCUACUUGUCUUGAGGGUGCAUUAAAGAUCAAGGAACUGUCAUAUAUACACUGUGAAGGUAUUAUGAGUGGGGAAUUGAAACAUGGUCCGCUUGCAAUGGUAGACAAAAACCGUAGCAUUGUGAUGAUCAUUUGCAGUGACAACGUCUACAAUAAGUCAGUCAACGCAUUACAGCAAGUGUUAGCACGUGAUGGUGACCCAAUCAUUAUCGCUGAUCUUGAUGUACCGUUAAUUGAUCUGAAAGAUAGGCUUUCUGUCAUUCGUGUCCCAAAAACAGUUGACUGUAUCCAGAACAUCCUGACCGUUAUUCCUCUUCAACUGCUCAGUUACCAUGUUGCAGAACUGAAAGGAUUAAACGUUGAUAGACCUCGAAAUUUGGCAAAAUCAGUCACGGUCGAAUGA